AAAAUAUUAAAAGAAAUGCAAAAGGAAACGCAAAGGGAGAAGCUGAGGGAGCUGCUGAAGAAGCAGGAGCAGCAGCUAUUGGAGCAGGUGGAGCUGCUAAGAGAGCAGCAAAAGGAGAAGCUAAAGACGGAGCAGGAGGAGAGGCUGAGGACAGAGCAGGAGGAGAAGCUUAAGAUGCAGCAAAAGGAGCAGCUAAGGACGGAGCAGGAGGAGAAGCUAAAGGAAUGCCUCAACGAUCAACUGACUGCCACGCCCAUUUGCCCACACGAGCCAGGUGAGACGCAGCAGGUGGGCAGCUGGUGCGCUGUGUGUGGCGAGUGUCGCGAGUCGCCGCAUGGCUGGGGCAAGCUCAACAAGGCAGAUCAGUGGCGCCUCGACAACCUGCAGAACGAGUCGCUGGCCAACUACAAGUCCACCUACGAGAUACGCAGUCCCUACAUCUCGCGGCAAAUCUCCUGGGAGGAGACACAGCAGCCGCAGCAGCAGCAGCAGCAGCAGCAGCCGAGGGAGCAGCUGCAUCGGCAACGCAGCGAGGUGGAGAUUGUAACCACGCCAGCUGCAGCAGGAGUUGAAGGAGAAGCAGCAACAGCAACUGUUGCUCCGACUCAGCCCAAGGACUGGCAGCUGAGUCGCUCGCCCAGUCCGUUGCCCUUGCGCAAGUAUCCUGCGCCACUGAUAGACACCGCACAGCGCUGCAGCUCGCCCUUUGGGCUCAAUGCAGUGCAGCUCAAAUCCUCCACGCCCACGCCCAGGGAGGCAAAGUACACGCAUGUGCCACAGCUUGAAGGCCACAACAUUGGGCUGCUGGUGCACACGGCCACGGAGCCACUGCAGCAGUGCAUGUGCGCCUCGUCCUCCAUGCUGGCGGGCACGCCGCCGGCCACGCCACGCUGCAACUCACAGCCGCCGCCCUUCGAGUUCCUCAUGCAGCACGGCCUGGGCCUGGAUGCGCAGCGCGAGGCGCAUCUCGGCUUCAAGUCGCUGGCAGGCAGCAGCGAGGAGCUGCCACGCGAGCGCAGCGUCAAUCGAUCCUUCGACAAUGUCUCGCCACGCCCCUAUAUAGGCAUUGAAGGCUACAAGCGCGUCGCCUGGCCCCCGGCCUCUGAGGAGCGCAUCGUGCGCGAGUUCACGCCACAGCCCCAGACGCAAAGCCCGGCACCAGGCAGCGGUGGCUACUACCCACAGCCAGCCGCCAGCCAGCCAAGCAGCGCGAAUGCUGCACCAGCUCAGGCCCAGUUCAAUAGACAACCCUCGCGGGAGCCAACGGUCGAUGUGCAGUAUGCAUCGCAGCCACAGCCACAGCCGCAGCAGCAGCAGCAACAGUUGCCUGCGCAGCAGCAGCCGUCUUACCAACAGCAGCAACAGCAGCCACAUCGUGCCGCAGGCAACGUUGCUGGAGGCUGGAAGCAUAUUGGUGCACCAACGCCCAAGUCUCACAGCGACUUCACUGCUGGCGGCGUUGCGCCCUACCAGCAACAGCAACAGCAACAGCAACAACAAUAUCAACAGCAGCAACCAGCGCAGCAGCAAUAUGGUGCACCGUCCUACAACAACUAUCAACAGCAGCAGCAGCAGCAGCCAGCUCCACAGCAGUGGCAACAGCAGCAGCAGCAGCAGCAAUAUCAGGCACCUUAUCAGACGUCGCCUUAUCAACAAGCCCAGCAACCAAACUAUCCACAGCAAAAUGGUGGCGCUAACUAUGCUCAACCACAAUACAAUUCUUAUUCGCAGCCACAACAGCAGCAGCAGCAGCAGCAGCCACUGCAACAGCAGCCGCAGCAGCAGCAGUUGCCCUACUCGCUGGAUCAGACUGAUCAGCAGCAUGGCUAUCGUGGCGCCAGUCCUGGCAUCAUAACGCUGCGCAAGGAGGCGCCCGUCUCACAGAAGCCAGCGCCAGUCUACACUUCGCAGCCUGCCGCCGUCAGCUAUCAGGGAGGCAGCAAAUUGCGCGGAGAUUUGAAAUGGCCACCACAGGAGUACAAGGAGGCUGCUGUGCGCGAAAACGAGGAACGUCGCCUAUUGGCGCUGGGCCCCGUUUGCCGUCCCCGUAGAGUCAAUCGUGACUACACACCCUUCUUUGCCAAGCAUCAGCUGAACAACACCUAUCCAAGCUAUAAGGUGCCACCCGGCACCCAGCACAUGUUUGGAAUCUAAGCAAACGACAAUCAGAGCUCAGCAAGCAAAUGGAGAAAGAAACUUUAUCAAUGGAACCCACUUCACAUAAUAC